CUUUGACCAAAACAUGUAAAUUCUGACUUUGCCACAAAAUAAAAAUAUGUCGCCUUAUCACUUACGUGUUUGUGACCAUUCGGCAGACAACACCAAAAUGUGGAACAGGAGUGUUUCCAUUGUUUUGUGUUUGUUUAUUUCAGGUUGCGUUUCGUUUGAUACGACGUGCAAAGAUGGCUGGGUUGCAUUCAGUGGUUCCUGCUACCUAUUCGUGCGCAAGGAAUGUCAUUUACAGAAGCUGAACACUAUUGUCGACAACACGGAAACAGUAAUCUUUUUCACGUCGACAAUGCCCUAGAAAACAGUUUUUUGAAAGACCGACUGCGCCCGUACAAAGAUGCCUAUUGGUGGGUCGGACUAACGGAUGAAGAUAUUGAAGGAGUCUGGAAAUGGUAUGACACGGAUGAGAUGCCGUCAUUUACAGACUUCAUGCCGGGCGAUUCAGGAGAUCACACCAAUGAGGAUUGUGCAGCAUUUGCUCCUGGCGCUGAUUACCGUUGGGUCGAUGCAGUCUGCUCUGCACAAUUAUUUGUGCUAUGUGAAGCUAGAGGGAACGAAUGUGGAGCAACUAUCGUCGGAUGAUAGACAUGCGCGAAAGAAAACAGUCCGGAGUAUUUUGUAAAAACUGUAUUGUUGCCAUGAUAAUCCGUUUGGCUUGGAAUUUGGAAAAAUAUGUUCAUACGCA